ACGGAGUCACUGCGUGCAGACAGCUUACUUUACAGAGUUACACAAACAGAAGAAGCUAUACUUCUCUGGAUACAGACACUCAGUCUGCAUACUAAAGACAUGGGCAUGUAUGGAUCCAAGCCUCGGAAACAAGCGCAGGUCCUGAUCCUGGGUCUGGACGGCUCAGGAAAAACCACGCUGCUCUACAAACUCAAAUACAACCAGAGUGUUGUGACAGUGCCAACUGUGGGAUUCAACGUGGAGAUGCUGGAGACAGACAGAAGCAGCCCGGGACUGACGGUGUGGGAUGUUGGGGGCCAGAAGAAAAUGAGGCCCCACUGGAGGCAUCACUAUUCUGAUACAGCUGGACUGAUAUUUGUGGUGGACAGCUGGGAUGAGAAGCGACUGGAAGAGGCCCGCAAGGAACUCCAUCGGAUCUUGAGAUAUGAGAGUCUCAGAGGAGUUCCUCUUGUGAUUCUUGCCAACAAACAGGACCUUCUUGGGGCCCUCAGUCCGGAAGCCCUCUGCCUGAAACUGGACUUGAGGAGAGUGUGUGAAGGCAGGGCUUGGUUCAUCCAGCCCUGUUCAGGAACCACCGGGAUGGGACUCGAGGAAGGGUUCAGGAGAAUGAUUUAUCUGAUGAAGACACCGUUGAGACAGACUCAAGAGGACAUUAAAUUUAAAAUGAGGUCUAAAGGCUUCAGCUUCACAGCAAUGAAAAAAGUUAUGCUCUGUGGCAGAUGAUGACUCUUUUUUUUUUAAAGUUUUAUCCAUACCAUGUGUAGGAUUUGUCCUCUCCUUUCUAAGCGCCUCAUCUCCAGACAGCCUAUAGUGCACCUGAUGAUGGAAACACACAGUUUACAGUAAAUCUGUGUGGUGCUGCUCCUUGGGACCCUCAGCGCAUCUUCAUCUGGUGAAGAUAAACCAUGAGGAUUCAUUGAGAAAUCUCAGUUUACCUGAGUAGUUUUCAGACUACAGUCACAAGCCGUCAUGAGCAGCCUCCAUGUUUGAGUCUGCUCGAUCAAAAAAUAUGCAAACUGUAAAUGGACAGUGAUCAAAUUAGAUGUUUGUAUCAAUUUCCAUUGUUUACUUACAUGUUUUUCACAUGUGCCAUGCUGCAUUUGUUUAUUUUGGAUCGUAAGUGACAGUGUCAUCUCAUGUCCGACUGCAGUGAUCAUCCCCUGCAGCUCAAACAUGACCAAAUCAAAGAAAUCUGAUUUAUGACACUUUGAAGUUACUGUCAAAUCUUUCAACUCAAAGACAGCAAAGUGCUGUUCCAGCAAUGUUUAGACAGACUGUUGCUCUCAAAUAAAAUUAUCUCAAAUUGAAUGAAGUGGCUCUGAUCAUGUGAAAAGCUAAAGGGGUUUUCAUAAACAACAAAGGAGAACUUAGAUUAGAUGUAAAAGCCCUGAAAUGUUACUUCAGAGAGGGCCAUUCAUAACGUGUUUAAAUGUUUCAAACCUCUUUCAAAAGACUGUUCAGAUGGUUCAUUGGUAGAUAUGAAGAACUAAAUUUACAGGGGGUGCUUUCUCAAAUAAGAUUCGAAACCUCCUUCAGCCUAAUAGUUAGAAGUUUAAUGCGACAUUCCAAGUUUAUCUUAUGUCCCAUACAAGGAAACUAAUAUUUCACCGAUUGUAAGACCAGCCUCGAACAAGGCCGAUAUACUUGGAGUCACAACCAGGUCCUCAAGAGUCUGGCAGCAUAGGAGGAGAGCAACCAACUCCUUGCCCCUUUGAGUAACCAAUUCCUUCAAGGUACCAGCCUUUAUCCGAAAGGGACAGGAAAAGCCCAAGCAUUCGCUGACUAAACCAGAAACUGGACAGACCCGGUAUUCUGGUCUCCUUCACUCAAGUCGUUCUACAUCGUAGAGCUCACCAUCCCAUGGGGAAAUUCAGUUGAAGAGGCCUAUGAGCGGAAGAAACUGUGCUAUACAGAGCUGGCAGCAGACGCACCACAACGAGGAUGGAUCGCAAAAAACUACCCCGUUGAAGUGGGAUGCAGAGGAUUUGUGGCUUCUUCCACCAUCAGGAUGCUGAAAGACCUUGGAAGUCAUGGACAGGCCUUGCAGCAGGCAGUUAAAGUAUUAUCUGAGGCAGCCGAAAAAAUCAGCCAGUGGAUAUGACUCAAGGGGAAGGACCCUUGCUGGGCUCCAAGAACAUCAAGAUGAUUCCCCCCCCCUUACUGAACUUACUGAUUAGGGAAGAGGAUAAGUUAAAUAUUCAAGCUAAAUUAUUCAUGAAAAUUAAACACUGACACUGUUAGUAGCCAGAUGGAGAAAUCCAUCUAUUGAUCUCAUUUCUAUACCUGUCUCAUCCUGCUGAGGGUAAAUAGUGAGCCUGUCCCAGCUGUCAUCAAACCAGAGGGGGGGGUCCACCAGUAUAGGUGAAAUAAUCAACACUUAUAUAUAGAUUUAUUGAAAGAUUCAAUAGCAUCCGUACAAACUUAGAAUAUAUGUCAGACAUGAUACAUCAAUCCUCAUCACUACAUGUUAUCAAGUUGUCUUUUGUAGUCUAUUUUUAAUGAAAGGAACGGAUGUGUUUUUCAUUUAGCUGUCUAGCUGAACCCAGAAAAUAGAGAAAAAAACAUUUAGUUACUUGUCUCCUUUCACUCCACGUGAAAGGAGGUGAUUUUAUUUUUCAAUAAACAUUUUGAUUUCUUACUGCUGAAAUAAAUCAAAUUAAAAUUGUACUUUGGCAGACUGCGAUAUUGUGAUCCUGUUGGUGAUUUAACGUCAUAUCGUGAUUAGCACCACUAAUAACUAAUAGGUUGAUUAACUGAAUUGGAUUAAAUGAACACUUUAUGACUGCAUGAAUGAAUUAAUAUCUUUGCAGCUUGGUGUGCUAAAGUCUCGCUGAUAUUUAGAGUCCUUACAAACACCAGGAAACUGGACCGUAUUACACCGGUCAUGAAAUCACUACACUGGCUCCUAGUGAGUCAAAGGAUAGAGUUUAAAAUCUUACUGCUGGUCUACAAAGACCUGAAUGGUCUUGGACCAAAAUACAUGCUUGAUCUGUUAGUUCCUAUGAAGCUCCCAGACCCCUGAGGUUCAUCUGGAUCUGGUUUGUUGUGUGUCCCAAGAACCAGAACCAAGCAAGGUGAGGCAGCGUUCAGUUAUUCUGCUCCUCACCAGUGGAACAAACUUCCUGUAGACCUGAGGUCUGCUCCAACUGUCAGCUCCUUUAAAUCAGGAUAAAAACAUUACUGUUUAUGAAGCGUACUCUUAAAUUAAAUACUUACCUGCCGUACUCUACUGCCGUUACUUUUUAAG